AUGUUAGCGACCCGUGCCUUCGCGGUGGUCGACCAUUGCAAGUCAUUUUCGUCACCGACGUCGUCCGAUUCGCGACGUUCGGCCAUCGGUAAGCGUAAUUUUCUGUUUUUAUAAUAUUCUAUUAGAUAAUAUUUGUAUAAACGAUAUAAUAUUUUGCAGAGCCACCCUCGCGCUUCGCGACCGACGCCCUAUAUGCCUACUCCCACCGCUCUCCGCCGCUCACCACCGCUUCCACUGCCACCACCGCUAACAUCGCCGCCGCCGCGAACGGCGACGACGUGCGGCAGCCGCCCGGCAAUUGCGUCUACAAUACGAAAACCCGGCGGUGGGGAGCGUCCGUGCGCAUAUCGAGUUCGGUCCGCACGCAGUCCGCUGUCCGCUCUGCAGUCGCAGUCUGCCGAGCCACCGAACGCCAGUCACCCGCAGUCAUUUCUCCUGUCGCCGCCGCUGCCGUUACCCGGUAG